UGCGGUGUCAGGAAGCUGGAUUGGGGCUUGACCCUGUAGGUCAAUGGGAGCAUGGGAGUGCCGGCCAGGGAGAGACUUCACGGGGUGAGGGGAGUCCCCGCGAAGCGGUCUGGCCCGGGAUCCGCAGAGCGCAGAAGGCUGCACGGGUGGAAAAGCCCUUUGAGUCACCGCUCCCGCCCCCACCCCCGGACACUCGCCGCCCAUCUGCCCGCGCCUGGAAGUGAGAGGGAGGGCCGGGCUAAUUUUAAACCGCCGGCCUGCCCUACUUUGCUGCAGCCCCGAAGCCGACUUGUGCACAGUGAGGAAAGAGGCCCUUUUCCAGAUGGCCAGCCUACCUCCUCUCCCCUCCCUCUCGCCGCCGUCAGCCCCCAGCAAGCAGCCCUUUCCGGCGCGCUGUUUCCGGGCCAGGACUCUGGAAGGCGCACUACCACCCCCACAGGCUCCCCACCAGCCCGGCCGCCUCCAGUGCUGGGGAAGAGGAGAGAGAGUCGGGUUGGAGGAUUGUGCUCUGCAAGUGUCUCCCUCUGGAUACUACCUGGACCCCGAGCUGUCCCUGGAAGAGCAGCGGGAGAUGCUGGAGGGCUUCUAUGAAGAGAUCAGCAAAGGGCGGAAGCCCACGCUGAUCCUUCGGACCCAGCUCUCUGUGAAGGUCAACGCUAUCUUGGAAAAGCUGUAUAGCUCCAGUGGUCCUGAGCUCCGCCGCUCCCUCUUCUCACUGAAGCAGAUCUUCCAGGAGGACAAAGACCUGGUGCCUGAAUUCGUGCAUUCAGAGGGGCUGAGCUGCCUGAUCCGUGUGGGUGCUGCUGCUGACCACAACUACCAGAGCUACAUCCUUAGAGCGCUCGGCCAGCUGAUGCUCUUUGUGGAUGGAAUGCUAGGGGUGGUGGCCCACAGUGAGACUAUUCAGUGGCUGUACACAUUGUGUGCCAGCCUGUCCCGCUUGGUGGUGAAGACAGCCCUGAAGCUGCUGUUGGUGUUUGUAGAAUACUCCGAAAACAACGCACCGCUGUUCAUCCGUGCAGUGAACUCUGUGGCCAGCACCACCGGUGCUCCUCCCUGGGCCAAUUUUGUGUCCAUCCUGGAGGAGAAGAAUGGCGCUGACCCUGAGUUGUUGGUGUACACGGUCACCCUCAUCAACAAGACGCUGGCGGCGCUCCCGGACCAGGACUCCUUCUACGAUUUGACGGAUGCACUGGAGCAGCAGGGCAUGGAAGCGCUGGUCCAGCGCCACCUGGGUACUGCGGGCACUGACGUCGACCUGCGCACGCAGCUUGUGCUCUACGAGAACGCCCUGAAAUUGGAGGAUGGAGACAUCGAAGAAGUCCCAGGCGCCGGUGGGCGGCGAGAACGACGAAAGCCUUCUUCUGAGGAGGGCAAGAGGAGCCGCCGUUCUCUGGAAGGCGGGGGCUGCCCCGCGCGUGCCCCGGAACCUGGCCCCACAGGCCCCGCCUCACCGGUAGGCCCCACCUCUUCCACUGGCCCCGCCCUGCUGACAGGCCCCGCCUCCAGCACUGUGGGCCCUCCCUCCGGCCUCCAAGCUUCAGUGAACCUUUUUCCUACCAUCUCUGUGGCACCCUCAGCUGACACCUCCAGCGAGAGGAGCAUCUACAAAGCCCGGUUCCUGGAGAAUGUGGCGGCAGCAGAAACAGAGAAGCAGGUUGCGCUGGCCCAGGGCCGGGCAGAGACACUGGCUGGGGCCAUGCCCAAUGAGGCGGAUGGACACCCAGAUGCCCGGCAACUCUGGGACUCCCUAGAGACAGCCCCUGCACCCAGAACACCCCAGAGCCCUGCCCCCUGUGUCCUGCUCCGGGCCCAGCGAAGCCUUGAGCCAGAGCCCAAGGAGCCACUGAUACCAGCAAGCCCCAAGGCUGAGCCCAUCUGGGAGCUCCCUACCCGUGCACCCAAGCUCUCUAUUGGGGACCUGGACUUUUCAGAUCUAGGGGAGGAUGAAGACCAGGACAUGCUGAAUGUAGAGUCUGUGGAGGCUGGGAAAGAGGUCCCAGCUCCCUCACCCCCACUGCCUCUGCUCUUGGGAGUCCCCCCACCUCCCCCACCUCCACCUCCCCCACCCAUCAAAGGCCCCUUCCCACCACCUCCACCUCUACCUCUGGCUGCCCCACUUCCCCAUUCAGUGCCUGACAGCUCAGCCCUCCCCACCAAGAGGAAGACAGUAAAACUUUUCUGGCGUGAGCUAAAGCUGGCUGGGGGCCAUGGAGUCUCUGCAAGCCGCUUUGGGCCCUGCGCCACCCUCUGGGCUUCACUGGAGCCUGUCUCAGUGGACACUGCCCGGCUGGAACACCUCUUUGAGUCUCGUGCCAAAGAGGUGCUGCCCUCCAAGAAAGCUGGAGAGGGCCGCCGGACAAUGACCACAGUGCUGGACCCCAAGCGCAGCAACGCCAUCAACAUUGGCCUAACCACACUGCCACCUGUGCAUGUCAUUAAGGCUGCCCUGCUCAACUUUGAUGAAUUUGCUGUCAGCAAGGAUGGCAUUGAGAAGCUACUGACCAUGACGCCCACGGAGGAAGAGCAGCAGAAGAUUGAGGAAGCCCAGCUGGCCAACCCUGACAUACCCCUGGGCCCAGCCGAGAACUUCCUGAUGACUCUUGCCUCCAUUGGCGGCCUCGCUGCUCGUCUACAACUCUGGGCCUUCAAGCUGGACUAUGACAGCAUGGAGCGGGAAAUUGCUGAGCCACUGUUUGACCUGAAAGUGGGUAUGGAACAGCUCGUACAGAAUGCCACCUUCCGCUGCAUCCUGGCUACCCUCCUAGCUGUGGGCAACUUCCUCAAUGGCUCCCAGAGCAGCGGCUUUGAGCUGAGCUACCUGGAGAAGGUGUCAGAGGUGAAGGACACGGUGCGUCGACAGUCACUGCUACACCACCUCUGCUCCCUAGUGCUCCAGACCCGGCCUGAGUCCUCCGACCUCUAUUCAGAAAUCCCUGCCCUGACUCGCUGUGCCAAGGUGGACUUUGAACAGCUGACUGAGAACCUGGGGCAGCUGGAGCGCCGGAGCCGGGCAGCCGAGGAGAGCCUGCGGAGCUUGGCCAAGCAUGAGCUGGCCCCAGCCCUGCGUGCCCGCCUCACCCACUUCCUGGCCCAGUGUGCCCGCCGUGUUGCCAUGCUGAGGAUAGUGCACCGCCGUGUCUGCAAUAGGUUCCAUGCCUUCCUGCUCUACCUGGGCUACACCCCGCAGGCGGCCCGUGAAGUGCGCAUCACGCAGUUCUGCCACACGCUGCGGGAAUUUGCGCUUGAGUAUCGGACUUGCCGGGAACGAGUGCUACAGCAGCAGCAGAAGCGGGCCACAUGCCGUGAGCGCAACAAGACCCGGGGACGCAUGAUCACCGAGACAGAGAAGUUCUCAGGUGUGGCUGGGGAAGCCCCCAGCAACCCCUCUGUUCCAGUAGCAGUGAGCAGCGGGCCAGGCCGGGGAGAUGCUGACAGUCAUGCUAGUAUGAAGAGUCUGCUGACCAGCAGGCCUGAGGACACCACACACAAUCGCCGCAGCAGAGGCAUGGUCCAGAGCAGCUCCCCAAUCAUGCCCACAGUGGGGCCCUCCACUGCAUCCCCAGAGGAACCCCCAGGCUCCAGUUUACCCAGUGAUACAUCAGAUGAGAUCAUGGACCUUCUGGUGCAGUCAGUGACCAAGAGCAGUCCUCGUGCCUUAGCUGCUAGGGAACGCAAGCGUUCCCGUGGCAACCGCAAGUCUUUGAGACGGACGUUAAAGAGCGGGCUCGGAGAUGACCUGGUGCAGGCACUGGGACUGAGCAAGGGUCCUGGCCUGGAGGUGUGAAAGUGCUGUAUCCUGGAUAUCUAUCUGGACCCUGGACUGCAGUGCAGGAGAUGACAGAGUGAGGAGGGCCCAGAGCAGAAUUCUGGCCCCAGAACUCCGUGCCCAGGAGCCAUGCCUUGAGCAGUAUUAGCUGUGUGUGUGUGCAUGUGUGUGUGUGUGUGUGUGUGCACAUGCAUAUGCAUGUGCAUGUGUGUGAGCUCCUUGAACUCAUGGAGCAAAAUAAAAUUUUCUUAGCUAAUCCAA